AUGGCAUUGGGAGACUAUAUGAAUGUUCAGUGUCAUGCGUGUAUAGGUGGAACUAGUGUUGGUGAUGAUAUUCGAAAAUUAGGGAGGGGUCAGCAUGUUGUGUCAGGAACUCCUGGUAGAGUAAAGGACAUGAUCAAGAGAAGAUUUCUAGAUACGAGGCAUGUCAAGAUGAUUAUUCUCGACGAGGCCGAUACGCUCCUAGAACAGGGACACCAGCAGGACAUAUAUGAAAUUUACAGGUACUUGCCCCCUGCAACUCAAGUAGUGGUUGUCAGUGCGACAUUGCCAAAUGAUGUAUUACAGCUCACAUCUAAGUUUAUGACGGAUCCAGUGCGUAUUCUGGUCAAACGUGACGAGUUAACUUUGGAGGGCUUGAAACAGUAUUUCAUAGCUGUGGAAAAGGAGGAUUGGAAAUUUGAUACUCUAUGUGAUUUAUAUGAUACACUGACUAUCACGCAGGCAGUAAUUUUUUGCAAUACAAGAAGAAAGGUCGACUGGCUGACUGAUAAAAUGAAAGAAGCGAAUUUUACAGUAGUAUCAAUGCAUGGUGAAAUGGAACAGAAGCAGCGAAAUGAAAUUAUGCAAGAAUUUCGACAAGGAAAUUCUCGAGUAUUGAUCUCAACUGAUGUUUGGGCUAGAGGUAUUGACGUCCAACAAGUGUCUCUAGUUAUCAAUUAUGACUUACCCAAUAGUCGUGAAAACUAUAUCCAUAGAAUUGGACGAUCCGGAAGAUUUGGCAGAAAGGGUGUCGCAAUUAAUUUCGUUACCGACGAUGAAGUUCAAAUUCUCCAUGACAUCGAACAGUACUAUAGUACACAAAUUGAUGAGAUGCCUAUGAAUAUUAAUGAAAUGCUUUAA